AUGGCGGCUGUCGACGAGCAGCAGUGUUUUCCGGGCGUUAACACGUCUUGUCUGAGGACUCAGUUUAGCAUUGGCUCCCUGUUUGUUCUGCAUUUCCUGUUUGUUUCCUGCAUGCUGGUCACGGUCGUGGGGAACGCCGUGGUCAUUGUUUCCAUCGCUCACUUCCGGCAGCUGCACAGCGCCACCAACGUGCUGCUGUCGUCUCUGGCCGUGGCCGACCUGCUGCUCGGGGCCGUUGUGAUGCCGUUCAGCGGCCUGAGGGCGGUUCAGGGCUGCUGGUUUUUUGGAGACGCCUUCUGUUUGCUUCACUCCAGCUUUGACAUGUUCCUCACCUCUGUCUCUAUCUUCCACCUGGUCUGCAUCGCCGUGGACCGACACGAGGCCGUCUGCAACCCGCUGCAUUACUGCAGGAACAUCACCGUGCCGCGGGCCUGGCUCAUGGCGAGUGCCAGCUGGGUGGCGGCGGCGUGCUACUCGUACGGGCUGAUGUACUCCAAGGCAAACGUGGCCGGAUUAGACAACUACCUGUCGUCGAUCCGUUGCCUCGGCAGCUGCAACCUGCUCUUUAACUCGCUCUGGGGAACUCUGGACACCGUCAUCGCCUUUUUCUUCCCCUGCAUGGUGAUGGUGGGCCUUUACGCCAAAAUCUUUACCGUGGCAAAAGAGCACGUGAAAAAGAUUAAAGACGUCGGCCGAGGCGUGAGUUCGAAGGAGCAGGGAAGAGGCCGGCCGGUCAGACGGUCCGAGCAGAAGGCGGCGAGGACUCUGGGAAUUGUGGUCGGUGCGUUCAUCUUCUGCUGGAUGCCUUUUUUUCUAAACUCUAUAAUUGAUGCUCACACGGGGUUCAGCACACCUGCCGCCCUGUUCGAGGUGUUUGUCUGGUUGGGGUACUUCAACUCUACCCUGAACCCAAUUAUUUACGCACUGUUUUAUCCUUGGUUCAAAAAAUGUUUUUACCUUAUUACCACUCUAAAAAUAUUCAGCUGCAAUUCUUCAAACAUUAAUUUAUCUGGAAACUGA